UCCGGCUUUCGGAGUGUCGUUUGCUUCGGAGCGGUGAGGGCCUCACGUGGAACAUGGACCCCACGCACUAGAUACCUAUAAUUGGAGACUUUUAGUCUCCACGCACGUCCAGAACAAUACUGCUACUUCAACAAAUUCCCUCCUCACCAAGCACGCCUCCGAGCCCAACCCAUUACGCUAAGCAGCCAUGAAGUUCUGGAAACGGGGAAAGAAGAAGCCACGAGAUCUUCAAUCCUCCUCAACCACGGCAAUCGCUCACCGCGCGAGCAGCUCGAACCAAGAUCGGCCCAGCGGAAGUUCGUACGGUCUCCGCAGACUCUCUUGGAGGAGUAGCCAGGCCUCUGAUGCUGCCAUCCCUCUAGGCCCCGUGGAUCCGAAACGCCAUUACUCUCGCCCUCACAUCACAGGUUAUUCCCCCGACACUGUCCUGAGCGGCCCACACACGAUCUGCCGAUGCGCACUCCCUCAAGCGCAUGGCGAUGCAUUCACACGCAUCCACCACGCUGAAGCCGCAAAUGGCAUCACUUUUCUUUCCACCCGUGGUCAGCCUCUCUCCUGGGAAGAAGCCCAACAUGCCUUCUUCGACAGGCUGGUUGUCGAUUCGCGCGUAAGCGCUGGAUGGCAUAGGGAGGAUGAAGGCUUGUUGAGGCAGGUGUAUCAUGAAAGUACUGUGAGGCAGAUACUGAAGUACCACGAGGUGUGGAAGGGAGUCAAGCGACAUGGGAAAUUGAGGUCUGUGUUGGAAGGCGAUGUCAUUUGGUGGGGAAGGGUGAACCCGAAGGGAGCCAUGCUGAGAAGUGUGGAGCGUCCACCAGCGGAUGGAACCGUGGUGUUGAGUACGAGCGGGCCUUGGUAUGGACGUCCGGGGAGGAGGGGGGAUCCUUCGAACCCCGGAGAGCGCUAUGGAGACGGUCUAAGCAAAAAAUUGUCCGUCCUCGGCAUAAGUCGGUGGGCAGGUAUUGGUGACUAAUUGUCACGUGUGGGGUGCUGGAUGUAGCUAGCUUAGGCUUCAGCUUUUGUAUAA